AUGGACGUAAUUGUCGACGACGAAUACAUCGUCUGCCCCGAGACCGGAGACGAGGAGGACGAUGACGAGGAUGAACCUGCCGACGUUUCCGGCGAAGAGUACGACUCCGAACCUGAGCCUAGUUCAAAGCAUAAGCGUACUGCUAAUAGCAAUACUCCAAGCUCGAAGACGGUAAAGGGGAAGUUCUCGUUGAUGGGGGUUUCAACCACAAAAACCCCGCCGCAAUCAUGGAAGAACCGGACGUGA